CGUUCCCUCUCGAGCUCAGCCGUCGAAGCUAUCGAAGGUAUUCGUGAUCAGAUGCCAUGCGGUUUUCCCGGUGUCGGCAUUCCACCACUCGCUCCCCUCAAGAUCCCAUACAAAGAGGUUAACAUCGACACUGAGGCUCUACAAUUGCAAGGUGUUGUGGAAAACUUUCGUUUGAAUGGCUUAAACGAUUUCGAUAUCGAGGAGAUGAAGAUCAACGCGAUCACUAGCAAAGUCACCUUCCGCUUCCUCUUCCGCAAUGUGAAUGUCGAUACACAAUACGAUUUGCGUUUGUUCUUGAAGAAGGCCGGUUUCACUAUCAACUUGGUGGGCAAUGGUCCAGCUAAAUUCGCUAUUAAAGAACUGGACAUCAGUGGCGUCGUCAAAUACUCCUUGGGCGUUUUGAGCGGCAAAUUGAAGUUGAAAACGUUGAGCAUUCGCACGCAUAUCGGUGAUGUGGAAUCUGAUAUUCAGGGUGUUCUGGGUGAGGCCGGCAUCAAUCAGCAGUUUAACGGAGCCUUGGCUGAGUUGUUGCAAGUUGGCGUGAAUGAGAAUGAAGACGAGAUUGCUGAUACCAUCGAGUCGAUUGCUUUGCCAAAAGUGAACAGCGUUUUGUCGGAAAUGACUCUAACCGAUUUGGUUAGUUUGGUGACUGGCAAUGGUGAAGAGAGGGAGGAAUGCAUUCCACCAUCAUAUUAAUUGAUUGAAUCCAAUGG